GGUGCUCUGCAGGAGCUGCUGCUGAACAAUCCCUCAUUGCUGCGAGAUGACCAACAUUGAAGACCUGAUUGCGCUAAUGGAUGUAGGCCGGUGUGUGGGCAUCCAGAUAACCAACAACACCAGAGAUGUGACCCUCGAGUACCCCAGGACUUACUGUUUCAGCGGCCGGGCCAGGAAAGACCCUGUGCCCCAGAUCCACCCCGGCUCCUCUGAGAGCUGUGUGUUUGUGAAAACAAGCUACACGGCCCGCGGGAGCGUCGGGGUGCUGAGCUACGAGUCCGACGCCUUCACCCUGGCCAUCAUGUUCUCCAACCCCUUCGACCACAUUCUCUACAACACUGAGUUUGCCAUCGAGCUCUUUGCUGGCAGGAAGCACUUUGACAGCAUGGAGAACCUGUACCAUUAUAUGUACAGCAAGGUCCCACUCUAUACGUGCGAGUCCUACAGGAAAGAGAAGCUCGAGGAUCUGGAUGGCAAGCUGGAGGUGACCAAUGAGAAGAUCCAGGUGAAGGCCACUAUGUCCAAGCAAAAAAAAUCCAUCAUUAAAAUACAGAUUGAGCAAAAAGAUCCCUGCCCGCCCUACACUGCCUGCUCAGGCAGCCCAGGGAAAUGGCCCAAUGUGCCAGACAAGGGGGCUGCUGGUGGGAAAUAGUGACUUUCUUUCUCCCAGCUUGAGUAGACAGUGAUGUGCUAGCUCUACUUGAGUUAGUGCAUUAAGAAUGGCUAGAGCGGUGUGGGUGGUGGGAAGAGCUAGUCACCCAAGUGCACUCUCACCUGACCUCCCGGGUAGGUACUCAGGCAGCUAGCCUGAGCUGCUGCUCAUGCCACAGUGUCCACACUGCUAUUUUUAGUGACUAGGGCAUGUCUGGCUACCCAGGCUGGGCAGUACCCAGGCCUCCAGCAUUUUAUCAUCAUUUUGUAAAAAAAGUUUUGUUUCUUGCUUAUUUUUUAACCUCAGAAAUAACAGGUGUUGGCAUAUGAAGACCUGAAGUGUAAGCAUUUAUCAUGGUGAUAAAACUCCCAGAAAGCUUUGCAAAAAGUAAUGCUA